GGGGCAGUCCCCAGUUGGAGUUGAUUGCGCGGGUUGGUGAGGAGGUUGGUGCGUGGGGAAGCUAGCUGCUGCUGGUGGGCGGCUGCGGUACAUGAGCGCCGGAAACUUCCGCAGCCGCCGCCGCCGCCGCUUCGUCGUGGUCCGAGACCUCUCGCGGCGCGAUGAUCGAGCAGUUCGUUAAUUUCGUCAUCCGCCCGCCACGUGCAGAGUACAAUCCAGAUCAGUAUUUAUGGGAGCCAGAGUUUACUCUUGCUGGAAGAAAGUACAAACGAAUAGACUUGGAGCUUUCCAAUGAAAGAAACCAGAUCUUGAAGUGCAGCCACUAUGUUCCUGCCGUCAUCCCAGAAAACACUGCGCUUCCAUGUGUGAUCUACUGCCAUGGGAAUAGUGGGUGCAGAGCAGAUGCAAAUGAAGCUGCUGUCAUACUUCUCCCUUCAAAUAUAACACUUUUUGCACUUGACUUUGCUGGAUCAGGGCUAUCAGGGGGAGAGUAUGUCAGCCUUGGUUGGCAUGAGAAACAGGAUCUCAAAUGUGCAGUGUCCUUUUUGCGGAAGAAUAAGGAAGUUUCUUGUAUAGGUCUUUGGGGGCGAUCGAUGGGUGCUGUUACAAGCCUGCUGUAUGGAGCAGAAGACCCGUCGAUUGCUGGCAUGGUUUUGGACAGUGCUUUCUCUAACUUGUAUGAAUUAAUGCUGGAGCUUGUAGAUGUUUACAAAAUCCGAGUUCCUAAGUUCACGGUUAAAAUGGCUCUACAGUACAUGCGCCGUGUCAUUCAGAGAAGAGCUAAGUUUGAUAUAAUGGAUCUUAAUGUUGUUCAGUUUGCCCCGAAGACGUUUAUUCCGGCACUAUUUGGACAUGCAUCAAGUGAUAUGUUCAUUCAGCCGCAUCACACUGACCGUAUUCACCAGGCGUAUGCGGGUGAUAAAAAUUUAAUCAAAUUUGAUGGCGAUCACAACACCUCUAGGCCCCAAUUUUAUUACGAUUCUGUUUCAAUAUUUUUCUAUAAUGUUCUGCACCCACCUCAAUUUCCGUCUUCAUGCUCAAAUAAGUUAGAGAAGUACUACAACCGUGGUGCUGGAACAAAUGAGAGCUUACUGUGUGAGAUCAUAAAUGGUCUAAGAGCCGCUAGUACUGAUGCAGGAAGUUCAUCCGCCGCUGCAACUAGUUUCACCAACGCUACAAAAUCAGUAGUGGAAUUGCUAACAGAGAGGGUCAAUCAGUUGUCUGUUAAAAAUGACAAUGACUUGGAUUUCCUUUUGGACGAAAAUCAUAACCUCACCGAGAUGGAGGAUAACACCCCCGAGCCUCAUAUACAGGAUAAAGCAACCAAGCAAAAUGAGGAGUGCUGCUCAUACACAAGUUCAAACAGAGAGAGUUGGGGAAGAUGUUCUUCCUUGGGGGCAGCGAGUGAUGGAUCAUCCUCAGGCGAGCGUCCUGGGGUUUCUGAUCAUAAGCAUAAGAGCUUGACGCUGAGAGCUCUGGCGACGCCAUUGAGACGGAUACGACGGAAGCCACUCACUAUACCGAAGGAGAGGAAAAAUAGGUCUCUAUGGAAGAGACUCAAUCAGGAGAGGCAUGAUAUGGGGGAGAGCUUUACCCAGCGUUUUAGGCUGUGCAUCCACGGCCAAGCUCAGGACAAGAGAACAAAGUCAUCUUGACAAACUGUGAAUACUCAGUUUAACACAGACAGAACUGCUAGGGACAUGAUGAUUCACCAACAGAAACGCACCUUGAUUCUGACCCACGGUGCCGACCCUGUUAUAUACUCACUACUGAAUAUGUGAAGCAAGCCAUAUGUAACUGUCGUCUUUGUCCAUCGUAUCACAUUGGUCAUGUUGAUCCCAGGAUUUGUAGAAUUGUAGUGUGACCAUUGGUUUGGGGAUGGAACCCCUGCAUUAUAUGAGCAGUUCAGUAGGCUUUUGGAGUUCAAAUUGUAUUGACAUAACACAUCAUUUGUAUUGUUGUUUGGAAACCUUAUGGCUGAGGGGCGAAUUGCCCAUGAAUCGUA